AUGAGUGCGCUCCUGGUGCUGUCGAUGGUGGUGGCGCCGAGCAGCGGUGCCAACAUCAUCUGGGACGGCCGCAACGCGGAUGCUGCUGAGCUCGCCAAGUGGGACUGGGCACGCCAGCAGGGCAACCUGCUGGGUGUCAGCAUGGCAGCUGCGUCUGUCCCUGCCCUGCUCGAGCCGCGUGCUUCGCUGUAG